AUGGCUAUACCUUAUUUCUACUCUAUGCUUAAAGAGAAUGAUUCUGAAUGCUUCAAAAAUGGUGGUAAACAAUGUGAUAAUUUAUACAUUGAUAUGAAUUGUAUCUUCCAUAUAUGUUUAAGAGAUGCUAAAUCAGAAAAAGAUUUCAAAGACUUGAUAUUGGCUCAUUUACAAAUGGUCACUGCUGCUUAUUGUCCUCACAAACUACUUUACAUUGCAAUUGAUGGGGUCCCACCAUUAGGCAAAUUGAAAGGUCAAGCGUUGAGAAGACAAUCUUAUAUUAAAUCAGGAAAUGGAAUCGAUCCUAAUGCAUUAACACCAGGAACUGAAUUUAUGAACAUGUUAUCACAAUUCAUUACAAAAUGCACUGGUAGUCAUUUACCAAAACUUUCGUCUAAUGUGAAAGUUAUCAUUUCUGAUUCAAAUGUUCCAGGUGAAGGUGAAUUUAAGAUUGUUAAUCAUAUAAGGGAACAGGACAUCGAUAUGAAAGUUGUGAUUUAUGGUAUAGAUGCAGACUUAAUCGCUCUCUCUUUAUCAUUGAAACAAAGACAAGUGUUUCUCGCCAGACAAAAAUAUAAACGUGGUGUCACUACAUCAAGAUCAAGACAAUGUGAAUAUUUAAUUGUUUCAAGCUUAAAGAAUAAGUUUUUAGAACCAUACUCCAAUGAACAAAAAUCAAGCCUCAAUACUACAAAUAUUCUUAAGGAUAUAGUUUUGUUAUUGAUUCUUUUGGGAAAUGAUUUUCUACCGAAACCAGAGGGGCUUUAUGUUAAUUCUGACACAUAUUAUGAAUUAUCAUGGUUUCUUCAAAGAUUUCAUAGGGAGGAAAAUAAAACAAUUAUUAAAGACAAUAGAAUUGAUACUGAUGUCUUUACCAAAUUUUUAAAGAAAUUUAUAGAAUUCGAUUUCCAAACAUUUGAUGAGUCUACAAUUAUGGAUCAAAAAGUUAUUGAUGAAAAGAUCAUAUCAAUCAAGUUAGCAGGCAUUUCAAUAUCAAAUACAGAGAAGGACGAAGAAGAAAAUGUCAAAAAAUUAGCCCAAAUGGAAUGUUUUGAAGAACACAAGAAAAAGGUUUAUGAACAAAAUCUUUGUGAAAAAUAUGAUGAACUUGAGCUCAUCAAACAAUAUUAUAAAGGUCUUCAUUGGGUUUUGAGAUAUUAUUUAGGGAAAUGUCCUUCAUAUGAUUAUGUUUAUCCUUAUGAUAAUGCCCCAUUUCUCUCAGACUUGGUCAAAGUGAAUCAAGACGUUGAGUUUGUCAAUACAGAACCAAUCAAUGCACUCCAUCAGUUAGCUUUAGUGAUUCCAAAGAAAUCAAGUAUCUUGUUACCUUCACGUUACAAAGAGAGUGAAUUAUAUGAUCAAUUUUCUACGGUUUUAACCACAUCCAAACCUCUACUAAACACAGAGAUCAACAAAUGGAUUAAAUACUUCCAGGAAAUUGAUUCUCAAGCCAAUGUUAUCGUUCAAAAUGUAUAA